CAGGUGGUAGUCUUUCUUAGUAUUUUUGGCGGGAGAUGAUCAAGUGAAAAAUAGAACAUAGAACAUUGUCGUGUAGAUUUCUCAACGUAAACGCCUAUCCUGUAACGAGUUAAUUGUCAUCUAUUUAAUACUGCAAUUACCCAAUAUAAAAAUAAUAAAGCUAUCAUCAUAACGCCGAACUUCUUUAACAUUUAAAACUGUUACAAUGGUUCUGGUAAAUAGAGAUGAUCAAGAAUCUCAACUUCUCAAAAGCGAUGAUGGCAAACCGUCAGUUUUUGAAAGAAAAAGAGCACAGUACACGGAUUAUUCAUCGCGCUUUCAUGAAAGGAAAACGGAUUUUUCAAAACAAUUUGCUCACAUGUACGCGUGCAGGCUUGCCGAGCUGCGACCGAUUCUGAUUGACAGGGUUGAAGCAAAGUGGGCGGAUAUUCCAAUCGUAAAAUUGGCUGAUUUGGAGCACCAGCUCGAUAAACGUUGCAUUAUUAUUGGUACUCUUUAUAAGCAUCAACAAUGGAAGCCUUCUAUACUGCGUGAGCUGAACGAAGAAACAACUGAGGUUGUCGUAGAGCAGAAGGAUCAUUAUUGCGAUGAAAAAGAUCAACCAUUCCUCGAGGAUGAAAUGUUAAGAAUUAAAUUGGUUGGAGAUAAAGUCGACAUUGAUGAAGUCAUCACAGGAGUCGUGUGUGCAAUUUUGGGCCACAAAACAGAGUCUGGGACUUUUGAUAUGGAAGACUGGUGUUUUCCUGGCUGCCCAUUACAAUCACGAACUCCAAUUACACCAAUAAAAGGAAAGCUUGUUCUCGUUUCCACUCUUGAUUUGAUGAACAAUGCCAAGUGUUUAUCAACAAGCCUUCUGUCCGAGUGGAUAAGCGGAAUGGCUGGAAACCUGAUGUCUCAGUCGGAACAAGCGAGCGUUGUGCGAGUCUUAUUGACCGGUAACAGUGUCUCAUCAACAAGCAAUGAAAGAAGCGAACAGGAUUUGUUAGUCAAUGCGGCUUACAACCAAGAAUCAAUUACUCAGACAUCCGCAGCCAUCGACAAAUUGGACAAAUGGCUAAAGGGACUUCUUGAGCAUUGCUGUGUCACUCUCAUGCCAGGAGAACAUGACCCAACUAAUUUUAUGCUCCCUCAAAAACCUUUUCAUCGUUUUAUGCUGCAAAACUCAAGCAGAUAUGCGCAUUUUCAAGGGGCAAGCAAUCCUUGGAUUGGAAAAGUUGGCAAUCGUUUAGUCACAGGUUCGAGUGGACAACCAAUUGAGGAUAUAGCGAGAGUAUGCGGCAACACGAGUAAGCGAACACCACUGGAUUGGCUUGAAAGAACAUUGGUGUGGCGUCAUUUUUGUCCAACCGCACCCGACACUCUACCAUCGCAUCCUUAUUACGAAAAAGACUUGUUCAUUAUGUCAGAAUGUCCGGACAUUUAUUUCGUUGGUAAUACGAACAAAUUCGAAACGAAACUGUGGACAGGCGACAAUGGUCAGACUGUGAGACUGAUAUGCGUACCUCAAUUUACCAAAACAAAAAGUGUGGUUCUCGUGGAUAUGGAGACCCUCCAUACAGAAACUAUUUCUUUUGGAUCAAACUAAUUUUAUUUUAUUUAUUUUUGUCCGAUUUAAAAGUUUUCCAGAUAUUUUUACAGUGCCUUUCAAAGCACUCGUCGCUCAAACAUGUGAUUUUUCGCUGCGUACGAAAAAAUUGCUCAAAAUAUUAAAAAAUCACAAAAAAUUGUGAUGAAAAGAAUAAGUGCCUGGAGACUAGAGAAAAAAUUAAUACCUGAAGCUUGACACGGUUGUUUUGUUUUUUAUUCCAAUGUCGUUGAUCGAAAUAUACCAAAAUAUUUGUAACCGAAUUCAUUUUACAAUCAUAAAUAACAAGUUUUUCGUUUGUACAAAAUAUAAAGAAAAAAAAACGUCACACGUUGUUCCAUUUCCGGUUUAUCGUUUCGAGUUCUUUGGAGACUUCUGAAUCAACGACAAUAAUAAGUCUUGAGGGUGCGGGCAAAAGAAAAAUUACAGCGUAAAAUAGAUGGAACGAAGGAAGAGAAAUAUGUGUGUAACGCUUGAAACACAAAUUGUAUGAAAAGAUGGAAAAAUAAAAUACAUGAGAAAGUACGGAUAAA